CUAGUACAAUCCUAAACCCUGUUUACCCCAGAAACCUUAACUGUGGACAGACAGAAGAGGAGAGGGAGAGAAUAUUCAGACACAAUAAAACUCCGAGGGGGAAAAAUAUGUGGAAGGAGGCGGCAGCAGCGGCCUGGGGAAGCGAUUGAAAAGUUUCCCCUGGCUUAACUUCUCCCUCCCCUCCCCCUUCCAGCAGCAGGAGCAGCAGCAACAGCACAAGGCUGGGGAAAAGACAGGAAACCAGUCCUAGAAAUAGAAUUGUAAACUGUGGAAUUCUUAACAGGAAAUUAUUUUACAAGUUGUCCUGGUGGGAAACCUUUUCUGGGUAGCAGGCCACUGAACCACAGAAAAAUCAGUUAGAGACCACACAGUGACAAUUUCUGUGAAGUCCGUGGAUUCCUCCCCAAACACUCCUCUGGCAGCCCUGGCAGCAACGUGGAGGACAGUGUGGAUGAGGAGGAGGGCAGUGGUCAGCAGGCGAGUGGGGCAGCCAAUCUCAACAAUAGCCAGAACCUUUGUAUAACUUUGGAGACAAUCCUCUCCUCCUAGGACAUCUUGCAGCCAGCCCCGGUGUCAAGGGGGCUGGGAGUGUCACUUCUGCACAGAGGGGAAAUAGAUGGUGGAGUCAAAAAGGACUUGGAUGUGUAAGAAGAAAAAAGGACUUGGAUGUGUAAGAAGAGAAAAGGACUUGGAUGUGUAAGAAAUGCAGAGGUGUGAUAGGCUCAGGAGGGACAGAGGAAGUGGAAUGGUUGCAGCUAAACAAGCAAGUGGGUCAUGGCACGCUUAACGAAAAGACGACAGGCAGAUACAAAAGCUAUCCAGCAUCUUUGGGCAGCUAUUGAAAUAAUCCGGAACCAGAAACAAAUUGCUAAUAUUGACCGUAUUACAAAGUAUAUGUCUCGAGUUCAUGGGAUGCAUCCAAAAGAGACCACACGUCAGUUGAGCUUAGCAGUGAAGGAUGGUCUUAUAGUUGAAACCCUGACUGUGGGAUGUAAGGGAUCAAAAGCUGGUAUUGAACAAGAAGGAUACUGGUUGCCAGGAGAUGAAAUUGCCUACAGUAUGCAGCCUUUCUCCCGGACAACAGCAAAAAACAAGGACUGGGAAACAGAAAAUCAUGACUGGUAUUGUUUUGAAUGCCAUUUGCCUGGAGAGGUGUUGAUAUGUGACCUGUGUUUUCGUGUGUAUCAUUCCAAGUGUUUGUCUGAUGAGUUCAGGCUUAGAGACAGCAGUAGUCACUGGCAGUGCCCAGUUUGCAGGAGUAUUAAAAAGAAAAACACAAGCAAGCAAGAGAUGAGCACUUACCUGCGAUUCAUUGUCUCUCGUAUGAAGGAGCGGGCUAUCGAUCUAAACAAGAAGGGGAAGGACAACAAGCACCCAAUGUAUAGGAGGCUGGUGCACUCAGCUGUCGAUGUUCCUACUAUUCAAGAGAAAGUAAAUGAAGGAAAAUACAGGAGUUAUGAGGAAUUCAAAGCAGAUGCUCAGCUGCUUCUACACAACACAGUGAUUUUCUAUGGAGCGGACAGUGAACAAGCUGAUAUAGCUAGGAUGCUUUAUAAAGACACAUGCCAUGAGCUGGAUGAACUGCAGCUUUGCAAGAACUGCUUCUAUUUGUCAAAUGCACGUCCUGACAAUUGGUUCUGCUACCCUUGUAUACCUAAUCAUGAGUUGGUUUGGGCCAAAAUGAAGGGCUUUGGGUUUUGGCCAGCCAAAGUCAUGCAGAAAGAAGACAAUCAGGUUGAUGUUCGCUUUUUUGGGCAUCACCACCAAAGGGCUUGGAUCCCUUCAGAAAACAUUCAAGACAUCACAGUUAAUAUCCAUCGGUUGCAUGUGAAGCGUAGCAUGGGCUGGAAAAAAGCAUGUGAUGAACUGGAACUGCACCAACGUUUCCUUCGUGAUGGGAGAUUCUGGAAGUCUAAGAAUGAAGAUAAAGGUGAAGAGGAGGCAGAGUCCAGUAUCUCUUCCACCAGCAAUGAGCAGCUGAAGGUUACUCAGGAACCAAGAGCAAAGAAAGGACGACGUAAUCAAAGUGUGGAACCCAAAAAGGAAGAGCCAGAGCCUGAAACUGAAGCAGUAAGUUCAAGCCAGGAAAUUCCCACAAUGCCUCAGCCCAUUGAGAAGGUUUCAGUCUCAACACAGACCAAGAAGUUAAGUGCCUCCUCUCCAAAAAUGAUGCAUCGGAGCACCCAGACCAAUAAUGAUGGAGUUUGUCAGAAUAUGUGCCAUGACAAAUACACCAAAAUCUUUAAUGACUUCAAAGACAGAAUGAAGGCUGAUCACAAGAGAGAGACAGAGAGAGUUGUACGAGAAGCAGUGGAAAAGCUGCGUACAGAGAUGGAGGAGGACAAAAGGCAGGCGGUAAAUAAAGCUGUAGCCAACAUGCAAGGAGAGAUGGACAGAAAGUGUAAGCAGGUAAAGGAGAAGUGCAAAGAAGAGUUUGUAGAAGAAAUUAAGAAACUAGCAGGUCAGCACAAGCAACUGAUUUCCCAGACCAAGAAGAAGCAAUGGGUAAGUGUCAGCAUUUAAUACCAGAAAAUAACU